AUGUCUAGGGGCCCGGUGGCUCCGCUCAGCUCAGCAUCAGGCCUGCUAAGCAAUCACCGCUCUCUCUCUCCCUCCGGGGUCACAGCAGUGAGCGUUUGAUCUGGCCUUAAUCUCCUGUGAGACCCUAGCCAGCUUCUAUACGCUGAGGCCUGAAGCCAGCAAGCUCGGACACCCCAAGAUGGGCUCUGGCCCUACAUAGUGCACUACUUUUGACCAGAUACCUAUGGGGGCUUCCAGUCCACCCUAUGGGCUCUGGCCCUACAUAGUGCACUACUUUUGACCAGAUGCCUAUGGGGGCUUCCAGUCCACCCUAUGAGCCCUGGUCAAAAGUAGUGCACUAUGUAGGGAAUAGGGUGCCAUUUGGGCCAUGAUGUCUCUACUUGUUUUGCUUUAGAGCGUGUUGAAUAGAGUGAUUCAAAAGAGACUUGAUUUAAAAUUGAAAGAUUCCCCAAUGUCAGGUUCAGAGGAAAAUCCUCUUCUGAAAGAGAUUGUCAAUGUCCUGGGCUGCAGUCCAAACACUUAAUUUUUACCCCCUCAGCCCUUGCGCUAGCCACUUUCCCUCGGGGGAAUCCCCGUCAAAACCGUAUGCAGUUUGAUUGCCAUCUGAAGUGGAGGUCCAAUUUACAGACGUUGACCCCUCAGCCCUCGGUUUAGCUUGAGGGAGCGAGUGAAGAACUUUGGUCACUUGCGGGGUUGAUAUGACCCACAAUUCAAUGCAAACUAUAGUCACAUGUCAAACUCUGGUGGCCGGGAAGUGUCAAAUUGAAUCAACAAGGCUGCAUUUUCAGCAUGUCAGAGAAAAGUAUGAAGCAGCUAGCUAAAUAUAUAUAGACGACAUUGAUUUUAGCGUUGGCUAAUUGGCUUAGUCUUGUAGUGAGGAGCCUAUAAAACAUAGCUAGAUUCAUAAACAUAUUUUUGGGAAUUCUGAAAUGUAUUGGAAUAAAUGACCCAACUAUAAAACUAGCUAGCCAGCUAUGGGUAACUGUACCUAGCUGCCUGACAGGAGUGCUAGCUAAAACUAGCUAGCCAGCUAUGGUAACUGUACCUAGCUACCUGACAGGAGUGCUAGCUAAAACUAGCUAGCCAGCUAUGGGUAACUGUAGCUAGCUACCUGACAGGAGUGCUAGCUAAAACUAGCUAGCCAGCUAUGGUAACUGUACCUAGCUGCCUGACAGGAGUGCUAGCUAAAACUAGCUAGCCAGCUAUGGGUAACUGUAGCUAGCUACCUGACAGGAGUGCUAGCUAAAACUAUCUAGCCAGCUAUGGGUAACUGUAGCUAGCUACCUGACAGGAGUGCUAGCUAAAACUAGCUAGCCAGAUAUGGGUAACUGUAGCUAGCUACCUGACAGGAGUACUAGCUAAAACUAGCUAGCCAGCUAUGGGUAACUGUAGCUAGCUACCUGACAGGAGUGCUAGCUAAAACUAGCUAGCCAGCUAGGGUAACGUAGCUAGCUACCUGACAGGAGUGCUAGCUAAAACUAGCUAGCCAGCUAUGGGUAACUGUAGCUAGCUACCUGACAGGAGUGCUAGCUAGCUACGUUAGCUUGCUAGGUACAUCAAUAGCCUUUAGGUUGGUUGUUUUUAGGCUCAACUUCAAGAUUUCCACCAAGGACGUUGCCUCUCCGAUCAUUUAAGAUACACUCGGAUGUGACGAUGUAAAACGUAAUUCAAGUGCUGAGGGUUUAGGGCCGAGGGCUGUCUACUUUGAGUUUGAAACGCAGCCCUGGUCUGGUCAUUCAUUCAGCCAAAAUAUAGACUGUCUUCUCUUGGUCGUCAUGAACUUUGAACAUGUCCUGUGUUGAUGAUAAUGAUAUGGAUUCUGACUCCUUAGUUAAAUGGCAUGGAUUCAAAUCAAAUCAAAUCAAAAAUUUAUUGGCCACAUGCGCCGAAUACAACAGGUGCAGACAUUACAGUGAAAUGCUUACUUACAGCCCUUAACCAACAGUGCGUUUAUUUUAAUAAAAAAGUAAAAUAAAACAACAACAAAAAAGUGUUGAGAAAAAAAGAGCAGAAAUAAAAUAACAGUAGGGAGGCUAUAUAUACAGUGGGUUACCGGUGCAGAGUCAAUGUGCGGGGGCACCGGCUAGUUGAGGUAGUUGAAGUAAUAUGUACAUGUGGGUAGAGUUAAAGUGACUAUGCAUAAAUAAUUAACAGAGUAGCAGCAGCGUAAAAAGAUGGGGUCGGGGGGGCAGUGCAAAUAGUCCGGGUAGCCAUGAUUAGCUGUUCAUGAGUCUUAUGGCUUGGGGGUAGAAGCUGUUGAGAAGUCUUUUGGACCUAGACUUGGCACUCCGGUACCGCUUGCCGUGCGGUAGCAGAGAGAACAGUCUAUGACUAGGGUGGCUGGAGUCUUUGACAAUUUUGAGGGCCUUCCUCUGACACCGCCUGGUAUAGAGGUCCUGGAUGGCAGGAAGCUUGGCCCCAGUGAUGUACUGGGCCGUACGCACUGUCCUCUGUAGUGCCUUGCGGUCAGAGGCCGAGCAGUUGCCAUACCAGGCGGUGAUGCAACCAGUCAGGAUGCUCUCGAUGGUGCAGCUGUAGAAUUUUUUGAGGAUCUGAGGACCCAUGCCGAAUCUUUUCAGUCUCCUGAGGGGGAAUAGGCUUUGUCGUGCCCUCUUCACGACUGUCUUGGUGUGUUUGGACCAUGAUAGUUCGUUGGUGAUGUGGACACCAAGAAACUUGAAGCUCUCAACCUGUUCCACUACAGCCCCGUCAAUGAGAAUGGGGACGUGCUCAGCCCUCUUUUUUUUCCUGUAGUCCACAAUCAUCUCCUUUGUCUUGGUCACGUUGAGGGAGAGGUUGUUAUCCUGGCACCACACGGCCAGGUCUCUGACCUCCUCCCUAUAGGCUGUCUCAUCGUUGUCGGUGAUCAGGCCUACCACUGUUGUGUCGUCGGCAAACUUAAUGAUGGUGUUGGAGUCGUGCCUGGCCAUGCAGUCAUGGGUGAACAGGGAGUACAGGAGGGGACUGAGCACGCACCCCUGAGGGGCCCUUCGUGUUGAGGAUCAGUGUGGCAGAUGUGUUGUUACCUACCCUUACCACCUGGGGGCGCCCCGUCAGGAAGUCCAGAAUCCAGUUGCAGAGGGAGGUGUUUAGUCCCAGGAUCCUUAGCUUAGUGAUGAGCUUUGAGGGCACUAUGGUGUUGAAUGCUGAGCUGUAGUCAAUGAAUAGCAUUCUCACGUAGGUGUUCCUCUUGUCCAGGUGGGAAAGGGCAGUGUGGAGUGCAAUAGAGAUUGCAUCAUCUGUGGAUCUGUUGGAGCGGUAUGCAAAUUGGAGUGGGUCUAGGGUUUCUGGGAUAAUGGUGUUGAUGUGAGCCAUGACCAGCCUUUCAAAGCACUUCAUGGCUACAGACGUCAGUGCUACGGGUCGGUAGUCAUUUAGGCAGGUUAUCUUAGUGUCCUUGGGCACGGGGACUAUGGUGGUCUGCUUGAAACAUGUUGGUAUUACAGACUCAGUCAGGGACAUGUUGAAAAUGUCAGUGAAGACACUUGCCAGUUGGUCAGCACAUGCUCGGAGUACACGUCCUGGUAAUCCGUCUGGACCUGCGGCCUUGUGAAUGUUGACCUGCUUAAAAGUCUUACUCACAUCGGCUACGGAGAGCGUGAUUACAUAGUCAUCCGGAACAGCUGGUGCUCUCAUGCAUGCUUCAAUGUUGCUUGCCUCGAAGUGAGCAUAGAAGUGGUUUAGCUCGUCUGGUAGGCUUGUGUCACUGGGCAGCUCGCGGCUGUGCUUCCCUUUGUUGUCUGUAAUCGUUUUCAAGCCCUGCCACAUCCGACGAGCGUCAGAGCCGGUGUAGUACGAUUCAAUCUUAGUCCUGUAUUGACUCUUUGCCUGUUUGAUGGUUCGUCGGAGGGCAUAGCGGGAUUUCUUAUAAGCGUCCGGGUUAGAGGAUUAACAUGUUAGAAGUGUUAACUUGUACCGUGCAUGUCUUUCUCAUCAGCGUUAGAGAAUCUGCCAGGAAGCUAGUGAUUGGACAGCUUGUUAAAGCUCAUUAAGGAGCUGUGUGUGUAUGUGAGGGUCUCCUGCUGCUAAGGUAUGGAUAUGGGGUCAGACCUCCCAGCACCGCCACACAUUCCUCUGUUGUUUACAGAGCAGAGAGGGCUUCUCUCCUGACCCCACACCUCUCUGUACCUCUCUCCCUGUCCACCCACCCUCACCCUGAGAGGAGUGGACAAUAGUCUUUCAGUCAGUUCCUUGUCUCCUUUCUAACACGUGUGAAGACCAGGCCCAUUGUGGCCUAGAGCCACUGAGCUGUGUUGAGGUAAAUAGUACGGGCCGCCUCCCAGACGGUCCUACUAGGUUCACUAACGCACGGGUAGUCUUUGUUUGUGGAUUAUCUCUCUCCUUCUAUCUCUCUCUCUCUUUCUAUCUCUCUCUCUCUCUCUCUCUCUCUCUCUCUCUGUAUCUAUCUAUCUGUUCUCUCCCUCUCUCUUCCUACCCACCUUAGUUUAAUACACUGACUGUAAUUCUCUCUGGAUAAGAGUGUCUGCUAAAUGACCAACAUGAGAAGUGUAGCAGAAGAAUGACUUGUUUUUCCUCCCCUCUCUCUCUCCAGACGUAUGAGUUUGGAACAUUCAAGACAACUAUUGAUUAAAUUAACUAAAUGUCUUCUCUCUCUCUCCAGGCAUAUGAGUGGGCGUUGGAGGGGAUGCGCCACUUGGCCAGCAUCAGCAUGGAGGACUGCACAGUGCCUGACAAGUGCCAGGGGGUGAUCAGCUGUCUGGAGGGGUACCGCCGGCAGCACCCCCCUAUCCCCGACCCCUGCUUCCAGGAGAUGAAGGAGCUGGCUGGGGAGGUGAAGAGUGAGCAGGGCCUCAAACAGUGGAAGUUCGCCUGGUCCAAGUGCCAGGAGACCAAGCAGAUGUUUGAGAAGAAGCUGGAGGCCGCCCUGAGGACGAGGCGAGCCCUGCCCGCGGGAGAGUCACCCGGGUCGGGUACAACAGGUACAGGGAAGGGCAGCGGGGCAGGGGACGCCACCCCCAGACGCUACUCUGACGGUAACAGCCGUGUAGGCAAGGGACACGAGAGGAGCAGCAGUGUGUCAUAUGUCUGUAGAAAGGCCUUUAGUGGGGUGUGGGGGGGCAGAGAGAGACUCUCCUCCACUUCCAGCUCUGCCUCAGCUCAGUCCGCCUGCAGCCCCAGACAGGAGACCGGAGGAGGGGACAGAGAGGGGCCCUACGGUCUGGAGCACAAGCUCCCCCUCACCCCCCACCACACCCCGCUCCACACCCCCCUCUCCACCCAACGCCUCACCCGUAGCACUUCCUCCGAGGAGUCGUCCCACCGGGCCCGUAUGGAGGCUCAGGGCCGUACCUCCUCCUGCUCCUUCUCCCCCUCCCUGCCCCCCCUGGAGCCAAGCUCCGCCCUUAACCCUGCUCGCCGACCCCCGCUCCGCAAGACCCAGAGCUUCGACUGCCAGAGCCCUGCCCCCGCCACCCCUGACUCCUCCCGCUAUGGGACCUGCCAGCGUACGUUGAGCGAGCCAGCGCGGCGCGGGAACACUGGGGUGUUUAUUAAAGGCCUGGAGGUCAGUAGUAGGGAGGUGGCCGAACGACCCUACUCCCCCAGAAUGACGCCUCCUGGCUGGGCAGCAGGAGAGGCACUGAAGACCCCCCCCACCAGCACUACCAGUAGUCCGGCACCAGAGCCCCGCGCCAAGGGCAGGUAG